CAGGACCUCAAGAAAGAAGAAAAUUGAUUCUUCCAGGAUCUGUAGUUCAGUGUAUAUAAUAUCUAAGAAGAAAAGACCUGUGUACAUGCAUAUUGUUAUCUAUAUUGUUAUAUGGUAGUGUUUUGUGGCUUGAUUCUGCCAGGAGGAUCUGGAUCUGGAUAUUAUUUUCUCACACGUGGGGAAUGAGCGCGCAUGCGCAUUACAUCCAUAUAGGAAUAAUUAAAGGGUGUGUCCAAAGAGAUCAAUUUCGCAAAUGGCUACUGCUAGCUAGCUGUUUUAACAGAUAUUUUGUGAGUAUUGUAGCUAACAAAAAGCUAGCGCUUGAGUGCAAGGCUAACUCAUAUGUUGAAUAGAAAGUUUGUGCGGACAGAUGAUGCUAUGAAAGAUCCUGAAGAGACUGCAACAGCCUUCAAUGUGAGUCAAACUAGCCAUAACUCGAGAAAGAAGCUUUAGUUUGCUAAUCCACGAAUCAAAAUCCAAGAGAACGUGGCUAGAAGCCUAUAGAAGCUGUUAGUUUUCGUCGCAUUGUAACCGUUGAGCAGUUAUAGCUGGAAUACACACACACACAGACAGACAGACACACACACAGUCAGCUUUACCGUAUCCCUCGUGCGGCUACGCCUCGAGGCAUAAUAACGAGUGAAAGUGUAAAGCAGAAAAAAGUGCAUCCAUUUAUAACAAUAUGCGGCAAGAUAUGCUGUCUAGAAACAUUCUCAGCUGGUUAGUGCUACUGAUCGCCAUAGCUACUGCUACCAGGAGUGAGCACUAUCACAUUGUGCCAGUGAAUUCAACCGACUUGUGUAAUGGAUAUCGAAAUGGAACUUGUUUUACUCUCGAGCAGCUUGUUCAAACCGACUUGUUAUCUGGUGGAGACAAUCUCACUUUGAGCUUUCUACCUGGAGAUCAUGUGUUAACUGAGCAGUUAUUGAUUAUUAACUUCUCACACGUGCAUAUUACCAGUCAGAACAAAAGUGCAGUUGAAGUUAGAUUCAAUGGCAAUGGUGUAAUACGUUUUGUUAGUAUUACAAAAUUGAGCAUUAAACAUUUUGGUUUCAUUGGAGUGAAUGAUGGACCACAAAAUUCACAUCAAGGAUUGAUCAUUGACAGUGCCCACGAUGUCUAUAUCAAUGACUGCUACUUUAUGGACUUUGAAUUACUCAAUCACACUCACAUAGUUAAGAUUGCUAAAACUCAAACUGUAACAAUUGAGAGCACUCUCUUCAUGAACAACACUGGUUUGGCACUGCACGUUGAGGCUGAUGAUGUGUGCAUAACAAACAGUGUAUUCACUAGAAAUGAUGGAGGUGCAGUUUACAGUGAGUCAAACAAUGCACAUCUCAACAACACAGAGUUCAAGUAUAACAGUGCUAGUACUAGGGGAGGAGCAAUAGAAGUGGUAUCUGGUACUGUAGUGAUCACUUGGUGUAACUUCACGAAUAACAAAGCUUCUCAGGAUGGUGGAGCGUUUUAUGCUGGCUCAGGCAGUAGUGUGAACAUCUCAUACAGCACACUCACAAACAACAUUGUCAAUAUGAUUGGUGGAGCGAUUGGUAUUCACAAUGGAAGUGUGACCAUCUUCAAUAGCACCCUGACAAACAACAGUGCUGGCUAUGGUGGAGCGAUUCAUGUUGGCUCAGGCAGUAGUGUGAACAUCUCACACAGCACACUCACAAACAACAGAGUGGACGGGAGUGGUGGAGCGAUUCGUAUUUACAAAGGAAGUGUGACCAUCUUCAAUAGCACCCUGACAAACAACAGUGCUGACCACUAUGGUGGAGCGAUUGAUGUUAAUUUAGGCAGUGUGUCCAUCGCCGACAGCACACUCACAAACAACAGUGCUGAUUGGAGUGGUGGAGCAAUUGGUUUUUACUCAAGCAAUGUGACCAUCUCUGAUAGCUUACUGACAAACAAUAGAGCUGACGGGAAUGGUGGAGCGAUUGAUUUUAAUUCAGGCAUUGUUUCUAUCUCCGACAGUACACUGACUCACAACAGUGCUGGCAUAAAUGGUGGAGCUAUUGAUAAUCACUCUGGCACUGUGUCUAUCUUUGACAGCAUAGUAACAAACAACAGCGCUAACAGGAAUGGUGGAGCGAUUCGUGUUAACUCAGGCAUUAUGUCUAUCUCAGACAGCAGACUGACAAACAACAGUGCUGAUAGGAGUGGUGGAGCGAUCGGUGUUUACUCAGGCAGUGUAUCUAUCUCCGAUAGCACCCUGAAAAACAACAGAGCUGAUAACUAUGGUGGAGCAAUUGAUAGUAGUUCAAGCAAUGUUUCUAUCUCUGGCAGUGAGCUGACAAACAACUGUGCUGACGAGAAUGGUGGAGCGAUUGAUAACUACUCAGGCGGUGUGUCCAUCUUCAAUAGCACACUGACAAACAACAGUGCUGACAAUGGUGGAGCGAUUGGUGUUUACUCAGGCACUGCGUCUAUCUCAAACAGCACACUAAUAAACAACAGAGCUGACGCAAAUGGUGGAGCGAUUAAUGGUGAUUUUGGCAGUACUGUGUUCAUCUCUGACUGUACGCUGAAGAAAAACACGGCUACAUCUGGAGGAGGAAUAUUUCUGAGUGUGGGUACACUCAUAGUAAAUGAGCCAAUAACAAUCAAUCUCAACACAGCACACCAGGAUGGUGGAGGAAUUUAUGCUCAUUCAAGUAGAGUUGAUUUUCAAUCUGUGUUACGAAUUCCUGCAAACAUUGUUGACAACAUUGCUGAGAAUGGUGGAGGUAUUUAUGCAGUAGCUACAACCAUUAAACUAACUCGAUCACACGUUAACAUCGACUCAAACACAGCAACUGCUAGUGGAGGUGGAGUGUUUCUUCGGCAAAGUUCAAAACUGUACUUAUUUAAAAAAGACUAUGAAGAUGUUGAUAAAGUAUAUGUAAAGCUAAUGAUUAACAACAACUUGGCACAGUACGGAGGGGGAAUAUUUGUUGCAGAUGACACAGAGAGUGGUGCCUGCAGAGGAGGGGUCAUCGAAACUGGUGCUACUCAAUCCAUUUUUAAGGACUGCUUUAUUCAAACAAUCAAUUUGAAUGAACCCAGUUUGAAAACAAACCACUUCAACACAUUUAUGACUAACAACACAGCUACCCAGUCAGGAGCAGACAUCUAUGGAGGUCUGUUAGACAGGUGUACAGCAGAAAAAAAUGCUGAAUAUUACAAUUCUUCAAAUGGAUUGGACUACAUAAAAAGAACCGUAAAACCAUCCACUGAGUUAUCAAUUUCCUCUUCGCCUGUUCAAGUAACUGUUUGUAACUAUUCACAAAGUGACUAUGUUUUCACGAAAAAGGGACACACGUACAAAAUCAGUGUUAUGGCUUUUGACCAAGUUGGAAAUCCAAUCAAUGCCACAAUUCACAGUUCUGUUAUCACUAAUAGUGGAGUUGGCCGUCUCAAAGAAGGACAGGCUGAACAAAUAGUUGGCAAUCAGUGCACAGAAUUAGAGUACAAUGUAUUCUCACAAGACAGCUCUGCUCAACUGGAACUCUAUGCUGAUGGUCCAUGCAUCAAUUUAGGAAUUUCAGGACAACUUAUCAAUGUUUCUUUUCUACCAUGCACAUGCCCCAUCGGACUAAAACCAAUUCAGUCCGAUAUUGAGUGCAAAUGUGACUGUGACCCAGACUUGCAACAACUAUAUCAGAUAACGAAUUGUUUGGAGGAAAAUGAAACCAUAAAGCUGGAAAGUAAUAACAACAUAUGGAUAGAAUUCAUAAAUACUACCAACAAAACAGGGUAUGUUGUUAGUAACAGUGCAUUUGACUAUUGUGUAGAAAAACCAGUUCACAUCAGUCUAAGCAACUCUGACCAGCAGUGUGCCUACAAUCGAAGUGGUGUCUUGUGUGGAGAAUGUGAACCAGGACUCAGUCUUGUGUUGGCUACGUCAAAGUGUAAAGAAUGCUCUAAUCUUUACCUUUUUCAACUAAUUCCAUUUGCGCUGGCAGGCAUAUUGUUAGUUGUUUUAAUUCUUGUGCUCAACAUCACUAUAGCAACUGGAAAUAUUCAUGGCCUCAUUUUUUACGCCAACAUAGUAGCUGCUAAUAGAGCGAUUUUCUUUCCUAGAAACAACUUUUUAACCGUUUUUGUAUCAUGGGUGAAUCUUGACCUGGGAAUCGAGACUUGCUUUUAUGAUGGAAUGAACUCUCAAGGAAAAGUGCUCCUUCAACUUGUCUUUCCCACUUACCUGUUUCUUCUAAUGCUUCUUAUUAUACUUUUGAGCAAGUACUUUGACUCAUUUGCAAAGCUCCUCUCCAACAGGAACCCAGUUGCUGCCCUAGGCACACUCGUCCUACUCUCUUAUUCUAAAUUUUUACGGUUUAUUGUUGCAGCACUACAAUUCACAGAAUUGCAUUAUCCUGACGGUUCAACCAAAGUUAUUUGGCUGUACGACGGCAAUGUGCAAUAUUUCACUCCCAUUCGCAUCCCUCAGUUUAUUGCUGCUAUCAUAAUCCUCAUUGCUGGUGUAAUGUUCACUGUACUGCUCUUCUUUGGACAAUGGUUUCCUCGCUGUUCCAAGGUUAUGAUAUGGACCAAGAACACAUACUACAAUGGUUUCAUGGACACAUACCAUGCUCCCUUCACUCCCAAGCAUCGCUACUGGGUAGGACUGCUCCUCUUUGCUCUGAUUGCUCAUAAUUUAGUAGUUUCCAUGGCUCCAAAUACGUCUCUUCCUGUUCUAUCUGCUGGAUGCAUUGCAUUCGGACUGAUAUCAUUGAACAACCGAGUGCACAAAAAGCAAUUUAACGAAUAUCUAGAAACAUUCUUUCUGCUUAAUCUCGGCAUUCUAUCUAUUGGUACUUCCUAUGUUGUUGAAACACAACAACAGCAAGAAACACUGACCAUUGUUUCAAUGUCUAUAGCUUUUAUCCUCUUUGUGAUAAUAAUCAGCUACCAUUUCCACCACUUUAUACUAAAGAACACCAAAAUAUGGCUCAAGAUAAAGGAAGUCACAAAGAUGUUGAGAAUUAGUGCUACAGAGAAAAAGCACCAACAACCUAAGAAUGCCAUGGCAAUGCAUCAGUUUGCAGCCAAUGAUAAUGAUGAGCAACUUAAUAAUGCUGAGCAAAUAGACAUUGUGAACGCACCUUACACGAAUGGUGCUGCUGUGGAAGAAGCUGACCCUGAUCGCUACAUCACUCCUCCUAUCAUCAGACCAGCUACGAGGCCGGAACAGCUGAGACUCUCCUACAUGGAUGAACUAGCCCCCCUCACCACAGAUGACUACAGGCCAGCCCCUCCCCCUCAAAGAGUCAACCGUCGCCCUGUUGUUACGUACACAGAAAUCGCCGGACCCUGUGCGCAAUGAAGUAUGAACUGCCUUACUUGGUACAAUUUUACAUGUACAGCUUAAAACAAUGUUCGUUUUCACUAGUUAGCUGCAUGAAUAGUGAUUAGCUGUUGUAGGCAAUUUUAGUUUUAAAGAGGCUUUCUGUAUUAACACUGAAAAAAUGGUUGCGCUACAUGUAUAUAUACAUGUAUUAUAUCUAUAUAAUUAUGAUUUGUAUUGAAUAUUAAAAAUUAUUUUUAUUUCUGCCAUUUUCAUUUUUGUUGAUCGUAUUAAUGUCCUGAAAAAUACUUUGGUGGGAUUCUAUUUAUAAUCUUGUAGGUUUUAAUUCCAGUUUGUAACUGUCUUCUUGAUGAUAGUUUAGCCCAACCCAGUUCUCCUCUAAGG